UUGUUAGGACGACUAAAGAGUUGACACAAAAGCAAAGAGGGAAGUGAUCAACCUCAGUUCACAGUGGCGUAAUCGGCAGGAAAGAUGGGCUGGAUACCGGACUUUUCCAUCGAGACCUGGACUUUAAUAGUAAUCGUCAUUAGUCUCAUCGCAAUAUAUGGAUAUUCUCCAUAUGGCUUUUUCAAGAAAAUAGGCAUCCCUGGACCAAAACCUCUGCCGUUCAUCGGGACAUUUUUGGAAUACAGAAAGGGCAUCCACAAUUUUGACACAGAAUGCUUUCAGAAAUAUGGGAAGGUGUGGGGACUCUACGAUGGCAGGCAGCCUGUGUUGGCUGUAAUGGACACAGCUAUGAUCAAGAUGAUCCUGGUCAAAGAGUGUUAUUCUGUCUUCACCAACAGACGGGAUUUUGGCCUAAAUGGACCCUUGCGUGAUGCUGUAUCAGUGGUGGAAGAUGAGCAAUGGAAGAGGAUUCGCAGUAUACUGUCUCCUUCAUUCACCAGCGGUCGACUGAAAGAGAUGUACAAGAUAAUGAUGCACCACUCAGAAAACCUGACCAACAUUCUUCGCAAGAAAACAGAGGCAGAUGAAGUCAUAGAUGUGAAGGAAUAUUUUGGACCAUACAGCAUGGAUGUUGUGACCAGCACCGCCUUCAGUGUGGACAUAGACUCCAUCAACCACCCCUCUGAUCCAUUUGUAGCAAACAUUAAGAAGAUGGUCAAGUUCAACUUCCUGAAUCCCUUGCUGGUGAUGUUGGUCCUGUUUCCAUUCCUCGGGCCUAUUUUUGAUAAGAUGGAUUUGUCAUUCUUUCCUGCCCCGGUGUUGGAGUUCUUCUACAACUUUCUAAAGAGGGUCAAAUCAGACCGCAGUAAGGAUGAGCACAAGAGCCGGGUGGACUUUAUGCAGCUGAUGGUGGACAAUCAGGCAUCAGAGGACAACAAGGAGGACACAAAGUCUGAAAAAAAAGUUGCAGGGUUGACGGACAAUGAGAUCCUUUCUCAGGCCAUGAUAUUCAUCUUUGCUGGCUAUGAAACCAGCAGCAGCUCACUGGGAUUCGUGGCCUACAAUUUGGCAACCAAUCCUGAAAUCCAAAAGAAGCUUCAAGAGGAGAUUGAUGAAACCUUCCCAGGAAAGGUCAGACCAUCCUAUGAACCCCUGAUGCAGAUGGAGUAUCUGGACAUGGUUUUGAAUGAAUCAUCAAGGCUUUACCCGAUUGCUAACCGGUUAGAGCGGAUGUCAAAGUCCUCGAUUGAAGUGAAUGGUAUGACCAUCCCUAAAGGAACCACUGUCAUGAUACCACUUUACACUCUCCAGCGUGACCCGUCUUUGUGGCCUGAGCCAGACACCUUCAAGCCAGAAAGAUUCAGCAAAGAGAACAAAGACAACAUCGAUCCUUAUUCCUUCCUACCCUUUGGAGCAGGGCCAAGGAACUGUAUUGGCAUGCGAUUUGCUCUCCUGAUGAUGAAGUUGGCCAUAGUGGAGAUCCUGCAGGAGUUCAGCUUUGUCACAUGCAAGGAGACAGAGAUUCCAAUGGAACUUGGAGUUGACGGUUUUACGGCACCCAAGAAUCCCAUCAAAUUGAGGCUGGAGCCAAGAACAGCUACUGCAGAUUCUUUCUCAAGUUAACUCUGAUUUAUACACCCUGACAGCAUUCAAUUAACCUGCAUCAAGUUACCACUACAUGCUACUUCCCAUGGAAAAUUACACUAAAAGUUAUCUGUGCACAAGCUAACCAUUCACAUGUAGUUAUUUAGCCUUGACUGAACAUUUUUAAAAUGUAGCAGUUGUCUAAAUAGAGCAUAUAUUAAGAGGCUUGGCAAGUGGUUAAACCUUAACAUUUAGAUUGACAUUAAAAAUAACAUUAAAAGGGAAUUAACUUGAUAUAAAACAUGCAUUCUUUCAAAAUUAAUUUACUGUGAAGUAAACAAGUGCAAUAUAUAAAACUAGUGAGGUCAGCCACUUCCCUCCUAAACCUAAUUCUGCUUAAAAAUAUAAAUCACUUUUAUCUUUUUAAAAAUUAUCUCAUCAUUGGGUUUGAUUUAUAUACAUUUCUAAUGUACUUCACAUAUUUUUUUUAAUCUUAUAAUGAUCUGACUAUUACAGAAUACCAACCUGGCAACAUUCUUUUGUUGUUCCAGAGCCUUGUAACAUAUCCACUGAAGAUUUAAACGGCUGUAUAUACCCACUAAAUCCACAUGUUGUGCUUCUGUUCUGUUGCCUCGCCUCCAUGUUGGAAGUGUUUCCUUGUUGGCAGCGCUCCGUAGCUGAGCGCAGCUGAAUAGGCGGGGGCUGUGGACGCAGUACAAACAAGCUGACAUGAUCUUGUUCUUUUGCUCUCAUGUGCCUUUCAAAUGAUAACUUUGAUUUAUGCGUAUAGUACAUGUUACAUAUGAUUCGCAUUUAUGGUGUUCUCCCAAUCUAACCUGAUAUGUAACUUUUUUAUGGAAUAAAAAUGCCUAAAUUUAAGUUA